AUGUCCUCUAUGCGUAACGCCGUCCAUAGGCGGCAGCACCGCGAGCGAGGCCAGGUCGGGGGCCGUGAGAAAUGGGGUAUUCUUGAAAAGCACAAGGACUACGCUCUGCGCGCAAAAGACUACAACCAGAAGAAAGCCAAACUCAAGCGAUUGGAAGAGAAGGUUCGCAACCGGAAUCCCGAUGAAUUCGCCUUUGGGAUGAUGUCGUCGCACUCGCAGAAGGCGGGCAAACACGGGACGGCGACGCGGGAGUCCGCUGCGGGACUCAGUCAUGAUGCGAUCAAGUUGCUGAAGACGCAGGAUGCGGGGUAUUUGCGAACAACUGGGGAGCGGAUUCGGCGGCAGAUAGAGAAGCUGGAGCAGGAGAUUCGGUUGCAGGAAGGUGUGAGUCAGGUGUUGGGUGGGAAUAAGGGGGGCGAGAAGAAGAAGAGUCGGGCAAGAGAUGAUGAUGACGAUGACUUUGACUUCGAUUUCGAUGAGGAGGAAGAGGAGGAGGAGAUUAAACCGAAGAAGAUGGUCUUUGUUGAUGAUAAACGGGAGCAGAAGGGGUUGAAGAAGAGAAAGCAAGACGAGGCAGAGCGUGGUAAUCAGAGGCAGGACGAUGAGGAUCUUCAGCGGAAAAAGACUACAAAGGAAGUUGAGGCGGAGCGUCAGGCUAUCGCGGCCGCUCGUCGGGCCCGGAAAAUAAAGAAGCGCGCGGCGGAGGCGAGGCAGAACAAGCUGAAGGCGCUUCAGAAGCAGUAUGCCGAUAUCACGGCUGCGGAGCGCGAGUUGGAUUGGCAGCGUGGACGGAUGGACAACUCGGUGGGAGGCACGAACAAGAAUGGGAUCAAGUGGAAGAUCCGUGAGCGGAAGAAGUGA